AAGCGCACAUGGUCGUAAGCUCGCACAUUCUCGCAGCUGUGCGGAUUCAGGGCAACGCCGAGUUUGUAACGAAAUAGUUUGAAGUUCUUCUCGAAGUUUUUCACCACCUUGUCUAGUCCGCUUUUUUUAGGGCAACAUUUCCCUCGGCAAUAUUGCUAGUUUGCGCUUUUAUUCAGCGUUUUACGCGUCUUUAUGCAGUGACCUCUUUGGCUACGUGUUUCUUCAGCCGAAUCAACUAUUUUGGUCGAAUGGUUACACUUGUCGCGUUCUGUUUGUUUGAUCGAGACGUAUACACAAGAAGUAUAAACAAGAACGCACCAUGUCCGCCAAGCCGAGCAAGAGCUGCCCCAUUCCAACACGUGUCCUGCACCUGAAAGACUGGUCCCAGCUGCCCGAUUGCUACAGCCAGACGCCCGGAGGCACGCUCUUUUCCACCACGCCUGGAGGAACCCGGAUCAUCUACGACAGGAAGUUCCUGCUGGAGUGCCGGAACUCGCCCAUAGCUCGCACCCCUCCCUGCUGCCUCCCCCAGAUUCCUGGGGUCACCGUCCCUGCCCUGCACCCCCUGGGGAAACUAGAGGAGCAGGAGGAGAACGACAAAGACCUGGCAGUCGAUGACAGCCAGUUUGAGAUGGACAUCUGAGCGCCAUCUUGUUCUCCGGUGGAGAAGGCGACUGCUCGUCUGUUCGGAGGUUCCCGAGGCCAUCUCUCCAGAACCCAUGAUGCCGUCAUCCGUUUUGAUUUCCUUUUUUUAUUAUGUAAAGAUACGUUUUCUUAAGGAAACUACUGUGAAAAGGGGGGCGUUGGUCCCUUGAGGUGGACGGCAGCCGUUUACGUUGUGCGGGGCGGGGUCAGUCACGGUCCUGGUAUGAGGGGGGGAGUUUUGGGGGUUGGGGUGGAUUGGAGAAGACUGAGGAUGGCUGCACUGCUUUAAUGCAGCGCUCUUUAUUUUGUACAUAUGGUAUUGUUUUGUUUAAUGUUAAUGAUGCAUAAUGUAUGUUUAUGCAGACCGGGGAUUAUGGACGAUCCCUUUUUCUUUCUUUUCUUUUUUCUUU